AUUUCAGGAAUCCAAGCAAUGAUGAUUAACCAAACAAUCCUGAAGGAAUUCAUUUUUGUAGGCUUCUCAGCUUACCCACUUGUAGAGAACCCCCUCUUUGUGGUCUUCUUUUGCCUGUAUAUGGUCACUCUUGCAGGCAACCUGGCCAUCAUGGGUUUGACUUGGGUGGACAGAUCUCUCCACAUACCUAUGUACUUCUUCCUCAGUGCACUCUCCUUCUCUGAGACCUGCUAUACCCUGACUAUCAUCCCCAAGAUGCUGGUGGAUCUGCUAGACAAGGACAGCCGCAUUUCAGUCACAGGCUGUGGCUUGCAGAUGUGUUUCUUCUUGGGCCUUGGAGGAACAAACUGUAUCAUUCUCACUUUGAUGGGGUAUGAUCGAUUUCUGGCCAUCUGCAAUCCCCUCAGAUAUCCUCUUCUAAUGACCAAUGUUGCAUGUGGACAACUUGUGGCCUCUGCUUGGAUUGGAGGCUUCUUUAUUUCUCUCAUUGAGACAACACUGAUAUUCAGGGUGUCUUUCUGCAUACCUAAUCUCAUCAGACACUUCUUCUGCCAUAUGAGGGCAGUUCUGAGGCUGUCCUGCACAGACAGCAACUUCACAGAAUUCAUUGUAACACUGAUGUCCGUGUCAGGGUUGCUGGGUACAUUCCUGCUCAUCCUCCUGACUUACGUGUUCAUCCUUUCUUCUGUCCUCAAGAUCCCUUCAGCAGAGGGUAAACAGAAGGCAUUUUCCACCUGUGCCUCACACCUCACUGUGGUCAUCAUCCACUUUGGUUUUGCAUCUGUUGUUUAUAUGAAGCCAGAAAACUCUGGGGGAGAUGACACGCUCAUAGCAGUUCCGUAUACCAUCAUUACUCCUUUCCUCAGUCCCAUCAUAUUCACACUCAGGAAUAAGGAUAUGAAGAAUGCUUUUAGAAAGAUCAUGAGAAAGACAGUAGUCUUGACAAAAUAA